CGCUCGCUCCCGUUGCGACACUCAGCGCGCACCUCUUCUCACGCCGACACUAUCCAGAACGAACACCAACGUCCCCUGAAUAUCUCCCCCCUUUUUCACUCUCUCACGUCAGUUGCUCUCCCUAUUUUUCUUUGAGCUCAAUCCCGGCCGUGACGUCUAAAAAAGAGCAGACCGAUAAAGUGUCUUCUCUAUGACCCACAGAAGGUUGGCGCAUCAGACAGCGCUGGGAAUCUUAAGCCAAGAAGAGUGCAGUUUUGGACCAGCUACACUGUUGAACGUUCGUCGGGGGGUUGUAAGCAAGCAAGUAGAGGACCUGCAUCAUAAGCAAAGCUGUGGAUAGGAAAAGAGAGAACACUGCAUUCCAAUCACGUCUUCAUUUUCUCUCUCUCUUUGCCUGAGCCACAGUGGGAGGAGAGAGAGAGAGAAAGAGAGAGAGCAACGAGAAAAUCUAGGUAGAGGAAAAGCUUCAGAGGAGAGAGAGGGAGAUCCAACAAUCUUUAAACUAGUGUUUUUUUUUUUACCGGAUGCUCUUAAAUUGCAGUGCAAAAGUAAGCCGCCCCUUAACGAAGACAACCGGGAUAUCGCACCUCCUGCCACACGGGCACAGCACACGCAGGAGAUGUGAAGUUGGAUCUCGUUAAACUGAGACCGGGAGCUAACGGACUUCACUCCCGGGGAGGCGAAUAAUCCGCACAGACGAGGUGCGCGCGAGCGGAGAGCAGAGCUUGUCCGGCUUAUCUCUCAAGAGUUAUUUUGCCUUUUUCUCCAUCCCGUGAGCAGCAGUUAAUCAUCUGCGAUCAUCUAGAUGCUUACAUUUUAAAUCCGAUAUAAUGUAUUUUUACAAUGAGUGGUGUGAAGUGGCUUCCCAUAGCCGUGACUUCAUCAGGUCUCAGUGAGGAUGCUGUGGGUUACCUUGCUGAGCACCAUAGCCUUAGGAUGGACCACCCCGAUCCCACUGCUGGAGGACUCGGAGGAGAUCGACGAGCCCUGCUUCGAGCCCUGCUACUGUGAGGUCAAAGAGGGCAUCUUCCAUGUCCACUGUGACAGCAAGGGAUUUACAAACAUCAGCCAGAUCUCCCAGACAUGGACGCGUCCUUUCAAACUCAACCUUCAGAGGAACUCCAUGAGAAAGCUGUACUUCAACAGUUUUCUUCACCUCAACAACGCUGUGUCCAUAAAUUUGGGGAAUAAUGCGCUACAGGACAUCCACGCCGGAGCGUUUAAUGGAUUGGGAAUUCUCAAACGGCUGUUUCUGCACGAGAACAAACUAGAGGUUUUUCGCAAUGACACAUUCCUGGGUCUGGAGAGCUUGGAAUACCUGCAGGCGGACUACAACGUCAUCAAGAGGAUAGAGAGCGGAGCAUUCAGGCACCUUCACAAACUCAGGGUGCUCAUCCUGAAUGACAACCUGAUACCAGUCCUGCCGAGCUACCUUUUCAGGUCGGUGUCGCUAACACACCUGGACCUGAGGGGAAACAGGCUCAAGAUGUUGCCAUACAAGGGCACUCUGGAGUAUGUAGGGCGCAGUCUGAUGGAAAUACAGCUAGAGGAGAAUCCCUGGAUCUGUGAGUGCGACAUAGUGCAGCUAAAAACAUGGUUGGAACGCAUCCCCUACACUGCACUGGUUGGGGAGAUCACCUGUGAAUACCCCUUCCACUUGCACGGGAAAGACUUGCGCGAGAUCAAGCGCAGCGAGCUCUGUCCAUUACUUUCAGACGCAGAAAUCGAGGCCAAACUAGGAAUCCCUCGGUCUCCGUUCAACAACGAACACACGUGGCCAACGAAACCGUCGUCCAUGCUGUCGUCGUUCCACAAUACAGCGUCGUCCGUUGAGUACAAAGAGAGGCAUGACAAACCCACCAAACGGCCUAGGCCUCCCAAGAACCCUCCCACACCUAGAAGUAUCUACCCUGGCCUGAACCAGCCUCCAAUAGCUGGCUACCAGACCCGUCCGCCCAUCCCUAUCAUCUGCCCCUCUCGGUGCACCUGCAACCUCCACAUCAACGACCUGGGCUUAACGGUCAACUGUAAAGAGAAGGGCUUUCAUAAUAUCUCAGAGCUUCUGCCUAGGCCCCUCAAUGCCAAGAAACUUUACCUGAGCGGGAAUCUUAUUCAGAAAAUCUAUCGCUCUGAUUUCUGGAACUUUUCUAGUUUGGAUUUACUUCACCUGGGGAAUAACCAGAUUUCAUACAUUCAGGAAGGGGCAUUUAUUAACCUUCCCAACCUAAAAAGUUUGUAUCUGAGUGGGAAUGACAUUGAUAGGCUAACCCCCGGCAUGUUCCGAGGCUUACAGACGUUAAGUUAUCUUUACUUUGAGUAUAACGUUAUUUGGGAGAUCCAGCCGGCAUCUUUUUCUCUCAUGCCCAGCCUCCAGCUUGUUUUCCUGAACAACAACCUUCUUCAUAGCCUCCCAACCGAUGCCUUCGCUGGCACCAGCCUGGCUCGCCUGAACCUCCGCUACAAUCACUUCAAGUCUCUGCCCGUGCGUGGCGUUCUCGAGCACCUGCAUUCCAUAGUCCAAAUCGAUCUUCACGGGAAUCCCUGGGACUGCUCUUGUGACAUCAUCCCUCUCAAAACCUGGAUGGAAAAGCUGUCCUCGGUUAUUAUGGUCAGUGACAUCAGCUGUAAGACCCCUGAGUUUGCCGCUGGAAAGGAUCUGAGGUCCCUGGAGGCUGAGGUUAUCUGUCCGGAGCUAAAAUACUCAUCCAGACCCUCUCCAGCUCUCCCCUCUGAUGACUUGACCACAGGCAGCUCUGGUCUCGGCAAGGCUGGAGGCAGAGGGCCUGUGCCUCUAUCAGUCCUCAUACUCAGUCUUCUCAUUUUGAUCAUCUCAGCGGUUUUCGUGGCGGCAGGGCUUUUUGCCUUUGUCCUCCGGAGGCGGAAGAGGCUGCCCUUCCGGAAACGCUCUGAGGUGGACCUGACGGGAAUCCAGAUGCAGUGCAGGAUAUUCGAGGAUCCGCCGAGACAGACUAGCAGCGGGAGCGCAGGCUCGCCGGAGAAGCCGCCCAGCGGGCACUCACACACUCACACACACACUCACGGUCACGUCGGCCACACACACACUCACAGUCAUGUCUAUGAUUACAUUCCUCACCCCGUGACGCAAAUGUGCAACAACCCCAUUUACAAGCCUCGGGAGGGGGAGAUUGGGGAGGAGGAGGGGGCGCAGUUUGCAGAGACGAAAGAGAACAACAGUAACUACCGAACCCUAAUAGAAAAAGAGAGGGAGUGGACGCUAGCCGUCUCAAACUCGAAGCUCAACACGAUCGUCACAGUGAGCCACAAUGCAGGGGACUUGUCGGGUUUUCACGAGAACGGUGGCCUGUGCCCCACCGUGAUUGACAGCCAGAGACCCACGCCGACAGUUGGUUUCGUAGACUGUCUGUAUGGAACGGUGCCGAAACUAAAGGACAUGCACGUCGCACAUGCGCACCCGCCCGGUAUGCAAUACCCAGACUUACAACAGGACGCGCGUCUUAAGGAGACAUUGCUGUUCACAGCUGGGAAAGGCUGCUUCCCUGACCCCUCCCAAAGCGAUUACCUCGAGUUAAGGGCCAAACUCCAAACCAAGCCGGAUUACCUCGAAGUACUGGAGAAAUCUUACCGGUUCUAACACACGGAGAAUAUACUCUGUACAAACACACACACUCACUUUUCCAUAGCCCAAACGGUUCAAAAUCACGGAACAAAAAAAACAUACAAAAAAAGCAGCAUGAUAUUAAAAUAUUGUAUUACAAAACGUUUUCCCCAAAAAAACGCUUUGGAGGAAAGGCCAUUCUCAGAUUCAAUGAAGUGCCUUUUUUCAAAGUAGCCAGCAAUGUUAUCAACCCUUAUUUUUAUAUAGAACAGAUUGGUCUAAUUGCCGAGGAGAAGGAGAUAAAGAAAGAGGAUGCACUUGGGAAAAUCACAACAUCCGAACAACAUAUUCCAUCAAACUGAGCCCUUCGCACAGUCUUAAACGGUGGAGUGGAGUAACAUACUGCGCGAUAGGACCGGGAGCUAGACGCCUCAGCGGCCACUGGGCUCGUGUUUCUGUCCCUCUAUCUUUCACGUGGAUGUAUAAACGCCUGGUGGCCCUGCACAUGAAGUUUGUCAGAAAAAAAGAAAAAGAAAAACACUAAUAAAUUGCAGUUUGCUGCAUGCACUCGCUCCAUUGCAGGGGCGAGGGAUUUGCUCAGAACUAUCACUCACAUAUUAAUAGAAACACUGCAACGCAUUACGGUUUCAGUGUUCUAUUUAAUUUUAUAUUCUAUUAUCAUUAUUAUUAUUAAAGAGGACUACUAUCUAUAUCUGGGUGCUUCUCAAGGACGUGCCCGCCCAAGGAUGAAAACAACAUUUGUGAAUAUUAUAUGAUGACGCUCAAGGUUUUCUGGAAUUCCAUGCACUUUCUUAAGAAAAAUGCUUUGGGAUUAUCUUAUCGACACUAACGGCUUUGUAGGAGGCACUUUUAAUGUUUUCUCUCUCACAAAGAUUUGAAGAAAAAAAUGUGCAUAUAUUUAUUCUGUAAUUUCAGUGAAAAUUUAUUGUAAAGGUAAUGUUAAAUCAAUGUAUAGUGAAUAUGCGUCUGGUAUAGCCUUCUUAAUAAAAACAAACUCUUAAAUAAAUGAAAAGGGUGCUGCCACGGACCGUUUGUGAAGAACAUAGAGGUUAUGUGUUUGGUAUGGCGCUAUGCUGUGCUGUGUUUGUGCAUUGCAGAAUGAUACAUUGAGGUCAGUAGUGGCUUGAUACAUUUUUGUGUUGUUCAGCUGUAGACAAGGUUAGGAAUUUGCUGCUACUCUACAGUGUCACUUAGGCUAGAUUGGCAAGGCGUGACACGAUGGUUGGCAAUACACAUUAGAGGCAAACCUUUGGUCGAUUAAGAAUUGAAAAUGCCAAUGAAUGAAUGAGGUUUUCCUGAGGGGUUCUCUAAAUAUACCAUUGUGUUGUAAUUUCAUUGUUACUGUGUUAACAUGAAAGUUCAGUAAGUGCUAGAAAAGACAGUAGGUCUGAGUGAAGCAGAUGCUCUCCAGCAAGCAGUUCACUGCAGAUUGAAAUUUCAGAUUUUCUCCAAGUGAGGGCGACAGAGGGACACUCAGCUGGCCUUGUCCUGCUGGUUUGUUAGAGACUAUCACCAGACUUUUCUAGAAUAAUUAGGUGACAAUGAAUUCAGAACAUGACCAAAUGAAACACUGGGCUAAUACACUAUAACAUAUUUACCCUUGUUGUAGGUAGUUCCAUCUAAAUACAGUUACCUACAUAAACAAGAUAAAAUUAUAUUUUCAAUAUAUUGUUUAUUUAAUCAAUACGAUUGG